CUCUCAUCAUAAAAUCUCCUCCUUCCUCCUUCCUCCUUCCUCGCUUCUCUUCUCUCUUCCCCUUCGUUCCUCCAAACUCUCUCAUACUCACAGAAAAACGACUGCCAAAAUCUCGGAAAGAUACACCAAACGACGGAGAACUAGGGCCGUCUCUUCGUCUCCGUGAAGAGACAAAGGAGAGCGCAAAAAUCGGAAGCCCUAGACUGUCGCCGCCGUCGUUUUCCGCUUCAGGAGAGUUAGGGUUCACGACGCCAUGGGAGGAAAGCUCGGGAAUCGCACAAUUCGGAGGGGCCACUGAGAUGUGACGAGUUUAGAUUUUUGGUUUGGAGUUCGAAGCGAGUGUUUUAGGAGAGGAGAGAGAAAGUUAGAGAGAGAGAGAGAUGGAGGGGGGAGGAAGGAGGAUUUCGGCGAGCCCUAGACCGUGCAGUGUUCGGAGAGUUCUGGCCAAGAAAAGGCCUCGAGUUGGGGGAGUCGACGGGUUCGUCAACAGCGUGAAGAAGCUUCAGCGACGGGAGAUCAGUUCCAAGCGCGACCGCGCUUUCACCAUGAGCGACGCCCAAGAGAGGUUUCGCAAUAUCCGCCUCCAGGAGGAAUAUGAUACCCAUGAUCCAAAGGGUCAUUGUUCAAUGGUACUACCUUUUUUGCGGAAGAGGUCCAAGAUCAUUGAGAUUGUAGCGGCACGUGACAUCGUGUUUGCUCUUGCCCAAUCUGGUGUUUGUGCAGCUUUUAGUAGAGAGACUAACGAAAGGAUAUGCUUUCUCAAUGUCAGUCCGGAUGAAGUUAUACGCAGCUUGUUUUACAAUAAAAACAAUGACUCUCUUAUCACGGUUUCUGUUUAUGCUUCAGACAAUUUCAGUUCUUUGAAAUGCAGGAGUACAAGGAUUGAAUACAUAAGGAGGGGCAAACCAGACGCUGGCUUUGCUCUUUUUGAAUCUGAGUCACUGAAAUGGCCUGGUUUUGUAGAGUUUGAUGAUGUAAAUGGGAAAGUACUCACAUAUUCUGCACAGGAUAGUAUAUAUAAGGUGUUUGACCUGAAGAACUAUACCAUGCUAUACUCCAUAUCUGAUAAAAAUGUUCAGGAGAUAAAGAUCAGUCCUGGGAUCAUGCUGUUGAUUUUAACUAAGGCUAGUGGCCAUGUUCCUCUUAAGAUUCUCUCUAUAGAGGAUGGCACUGUUCUUAAAUCAUUCAACCAUCUCCUCCACCGAAAUAAGAAAGUGGAUUUCAUUGAACAGUUCAAUGAAAAGCUUCUUGUCAAGCAAGAAAAUGAGAACCUCCAGAUUCUUGAUGUUCGUAACUUUGAGCUAACAGAAGUUAGCAGAACCGAAUUUAUGACGCCGUCGGCUUUUAUAUUUCUGUACGAGAACCAGUUGUUCUUGACGUUCAGAAAUCGGACUGUUGCUGUUUGGAAUUUCCGUGGUGAGCUUGUUACUUCAUUUGAGGAUCACCUUCUGUGGCACCCUGACUGCAAUACAAAUAACAUUUACAUUACCAGCGACCAGGAUCUUAUUAUUUCUUACUGCAAGGCUGAUUCUGAUGAUCCAUUGUCUGAAGGAAGUGCAGGGUCGAUCAAUAUCAGUAAUAUUCUGACAGGAAAAUGCCUUGCUAAAAUAAGAGCAAGUAACAGCAACCCAAUGGAAAACGAAAGCUGUUGUAGUAGCAGUUGCAGCUCAAAGAAGCGGACUCAAGCUGCCAGAAUUCGGAGCACGGUCGUGGAAGCUUUGGAAGACAUUACCGCUCUCUUUUAUGACGAAGAGCGGAACGAGAUCUACACGGGCAAUAGGCAUGGUCUAGUACAUGUAUGGUCUAACUAAUGUGUUUUUUCAGUUUAUUCCUUUGUGUCCCAUUAGAUUCUUUAUUGCUGUUCUUAAUGGUUGAAUAUUUUGAAUUGAUUGUGUUGGUGUAUUGCAAGAACUCGGAACUCUGUAUCAUUAAAUGGCCUUGUACCAAGUCGUAUAAUACGUGUUUAACUAAA